AUGUAGUUCGUCUUCAGCUCGACUGUCAAGUCUUUUAACAAAAUAACUCCCCCAGGAUUUUUAAAAAAUCAAAAAUGAAAUUCAUCAUCCUCUUGUCCGUUUUGGUUGUUGUCACCCAACAACAAUACAAUCAACAAUUCAUGGUGCCUCGAUCCUGGUUGCCAUUCUCUUAUCACCAGUCAUCCCAUUAUGAUGCGGAUCCUCAGCAACACGGAAUUUACGACUAUUCACCCUACAAUCGUCUGGGACCAGUAUUCAUCUAUAAUGACGAUGAGACAACCGGAUCGAUGCCGAUGGAAAACCAGCAGUACGUGGUGAACCAACACCAACGAUAUGUCGAGCCCAGGGUCAAAGACUAUGGACCACACCGAAAAUUUCUCAAGUCGAUCCAGCAACAGAAAUUCCUGUUCGGAAGUAGCACCAGUCAGCAGCCGUUCACCAAGACGGCCACGUUCUUCAUCACAUCCACUUGCACAGCUCUAACCGUUUCUUCGUGCAUUCCACGUCUCAAUUUACUUCCGGCUGCUCCGGCCGCUGUGCCCAACUGUCGACGCAAGCGCGAAUUCAACCCGGGUCAUCUCGGAGAAAACGACAACGGCCAAUUCUCCAUCACGCCCAGCCAAGUGCGGAUGAUGUAUCCUACCGCGCUGCCGGAUGCCACCACGAAAGAUAAUAACCGAAGGAUUGAUAUCGUUUCGUCGAAAGAAGACAACAUCAUGGACAUCACCUACGCAUCCGGAAAAGGAAUUUCCAUCUCCAGUAAGGAACCCAUCAUGAAUCAUGGACGAUUCCUGCCCUGGUAUUUCUUGACAUCGGUGACUAAAACUACCUGGGGGGUUGUCUCCAGUGUCUUUACCAGCACAUACGUUCCAGCGGUGAACUUGAACUGUUUGCCGCCCAGUUACAUCAUCUGUCCGGAAGCUGGAAAAUAAGCAAUUCCAACUGGUUUUUGGU